AGCCCCUCUCAGAACGGUGUUGGGAGCUCAACAGUAACAACGCUUUUCUUGAAGCUCUGCUUUGACUAGAAGCAAUCGCUAGGAACGAGAAGAAAAUUCAAUUUGAAUGAAUAAUCUGAUAAAGAUGUGAAGAUUUAGACUAGGUAUAGCGGUCGAAGAAGUUUGCGUUUGUCAUUUUAGCUAGAAUACUGUGAUUCGUGAUGUCUUUAGUCUUUGCGCUGUCAUUGUUAUAAGUCAUGACAAUGACCCCUUCCACAAACAUCUGUCCUAACAUGAAACACUUGGCACUGUAGGGAUGUGCCAGACAGGUGUUGCCAGUUACGUCAUCAACUGUUUGGGAGCCCGUCUCUGAGGUAAAGAACUCCAACUUGUGUUGCCAGAACCAGCGGCAAAGACGAGUGUAUAACAACGGCUGAUCUCAUUGCUACAAUCUAGAUAUAUAUAAAACCUAUUAAAAUUUUAAUAAUUUUCAUCAUAUUAGUUUAUUAGUGUAUUCAGUUGGAAAACUAGGAGGAAUCUCUGUGACCAGAAUUAAAACAAAGUUGUAAAUAAUUAUGUGAGCGGUUCAAUAAAACGUAUGAAAAGAAGUGUUGGCAAUAAGAUUUGCAGUCGUAGCGAACAGCUCUGGCUCAUUACUGAUCUUAUGAAGAAUUUUCUGAUUUAGAUUAUCAGAAUGUUGUUUUUGAUACUAAUAUUAUUCUCUCAAGUAUCCAAAAGUAAAAGCGAUCAUCAAAUGAAGGCAUCGAAGGAUAGGAUCUAGAGAGUACCGAUUCCGUUCAACGUUUAGAGGAGGCAUGCGCAGACAAAUCCUCUCCAAGUACACGGGAAGACCUCCCAUCCCUUUCUCUGGACUGAAACCAACUUCUGAAGGCAAUGGGACAAGCAAUCCAGACGAUGUCGCCUUCCCAAGUUGUGGAGGGUGAGGUAGAGAUGUGCCACGAAGCCACGUCACUUCUCCAGUCACUGGAAGAGCAUCGGACCCAGGUUCUGAGCGUCUCGCACGCCCAUAACACAAGCAGGAAACUUCGACCUCGAAAGGGAAGUUAUGAGAGGGAGGAGGAGGAGGAGGAAGAGGAACAGAUUGCGAGGGUGAGGCGGGCGCUAGGUAUCGGAGAUUUCUACGAAAAUGAGAUGGAGAGGGCCACCAGUUUUGAUCAAAUGGACGAGCAGCUAGCCGAUGUGCUUUACGCGUUGCAUUUUCUCAGCCUUCCCGAGAGCUCCCUUUUGGAUCGCAAUGCUGAAGCAGGCCAGGCAGAAGGCGGAGGCGCAAUGGAGGUAGACAACAAGAGGAGCAGAACUGUCACCGCACCCAUGCUCUCUGGAGGCGAAGUCCCUUUGAGCAGGCAGGAGUUGCAGAAAACCUUGAAAGAGGUCUUUGACGUGGACGAGGCGACGAUUGAGAUGGUUUACCACGACGUUCAAAGGAGAAAGAAACCGCAAGUGACUUUGCAUCUUCAUAUCAUAGAAGCUAAGGAUCUCAGACCAAAAACCUCCAAAGGUACUACACAUUCCUACUGCGUGGUGAAGGUGUCGGGCAGCGAUGAAGUUUAUAGAACAGAAAUUCUACAUGACCAAGUGGCCCCUUUUUGGGACACUCCCUUCCUCAUAAAAAUCACCGAUAUUCAAGGCGCGAAGCUCACAAUUCAAGUAUGGCACGAACCACAAGAAUCAGGCAUGGAGCAGAUUCCAGCUGUCAGGGACCUGAAGGAGAUAGGGCGCGCUGUCCUGGGCACAAAUGAGUUUAGGAAUUUGCUUGGAACCGUUACCAUUCCUCUGGAGAACAUAAAAAACAAACUGGUGGACGAAUGGUACACCUUGGUGAAAAAGGAAGAGGGCAAACCAGUCUCCUUCAGAGAGAGUUUCAGGGCCAACAAAAAGCGUGGAAGUCUCCAUUUGAGUAUGAAAGCUUCAAUCAAGUCGGAGCUGAAUCUCUUGGGCAGCCACUGGUAUGACACACUUCUGAACAAGUUACUUCAGCAUCGCCUAGGCUUCCUGUGCUCUCUGGGCACUUUCACCAGAGAUGGUAUGCGGUGCAGUGUCAGAAGUAAUGGCAGUUCUUUCAGUGGAGCCAGAAGCUGUUCACUUGUUAGCGCUAAGAGCAAUCCACAUACAUGCAACAGCACUGGGAGUGCCUCCACGUCUAGCAGUGGGUUUUGCAGUAGUUUUGAAAAUGAGACUAAUGUUAUUUCGAGCCCGGCAGCUCCUUGGGCUGGGGCCAUCAGCAGCACCGACGCUUUCAUUUUGUCCCAGUAUGGUUCUGUACUUAACAUGACACCGCACCUGGUGACACUGUCUUGGUGGAAAAUUGCCUCCAAGUUAACCGUUGUGGAUCAGUCUUUCAUAGGAGAUUUGCUUCGGAAGCUUCUCGAGUGCAUCCAGCAGAGCGAAUACUCCGAGGAGGAAAUGCAGGAAGCUCAAAGCUCUCUGAGGCUGUGGGCAGCAGAACAAGAAGGACGACUCAAGAAUUUGCAACUGAAUUUCCAUACGACUUCGAGGGUCAUCUCGCAGCAUCAACUCUCCCAUACUCUUAGGAAUUUGAAGGCUGCAGGAUCCAGUGCUGACAAUCAUGGACUUCAAGUCUUUCCACAUGAUAAUGAUUUUCUGAAGCUGGUAACAAAUGCUCUGAGAGAAUUCACAGAAAACUGGUGGGAGAGACUCUUAAAGAAUUGUGAUCGUAAUUCUCCACAUGCAAAUGAGGAACAGCAAUUAGAAGCAGUAGUCUUUGUCGCAGGAGAGGUCUUAUAUUUCUUAACAGAUGUGUGCAACUUCUAUGAAGCAAUUUUCAGAAACGAAGCAGGAUUCUCCUACCUCAGAAUCUCCUACCUCCUAUUAACAUCAGAAUUAGCUGCUCGUAUAAGACCGCUUUUACACAAGAUGUAUGAUGCACCACUGCCACAUAAAGAAGUACAAGUGAAGGCAAUACCAAAAGCAAAACUGAAGAGUAGUGAAAUGCAGGGUAUGGAUGAGAGGAGACCUGUUUGGCAGCUUUACAGAAAACUAGGGAACAUUGCUGUAGAAAUCGGAGAAAAGCUGCCUGAAGAAGUGCAACAACAGUGCGGCAUCACAGGAUAUCAUUCUUGGUUCCUAAAGGUUGUCCUAAGAUGGCAGGAGCAGAUGGUAACCAGGUCAAAGGUCCUUGUUCAGGAAGAGGUUGAAAAAGAUAAAUUUGAAAUACAAAAUACCAGCUUGUCCACUAGUACCUCUGCCAGUGAGGUUUCUUAUAUUUUUAAAAUUGUAAUAUCAACGUGGACAAAACUGUCUUGGCCUUAUGAAAUUGAUGGGGACGUGAUUGGAAACAAGUUGCUUGAGAGUCUCUGCUGCAUUGGGAAGCAUUAUGCCAAAUCUGUAAUUAAGAAACUUAAAUCUGGGACAGAAGAUGAAAUCUCGCAGAAUCAUUUUUUUCCAGUUCAGACAUGUGUGGCCUUAAAUAAUAUAGAGUACCUGAGACAAGAAAUUAAAACUUUACCAGCUCUACUACAAUUGUAUGGAAAUGAAGAGAAUAUCCAUAAAUUCAAUGUUAUCGCCAAGUCUCUUCGGAUGAUGGAAAAACAUGUGUUGUACUUCAUUGAUGCACGUGUCAGCAAGUUAAAGCCAACGUUGAGGAAUGCCAUCCUUACCUCCUGUGACACUUCCAGCGAGUUUCCAUUGCUGUGUGACUGUCUGUACGGAGACCUAUGCCACUUCAAGAGGCAUUUGAAUGAAGUCAAUCUUCAACGAGUAUUGCUCCAAAUAUGGAAUUCUAUCAUCUUCAUUUUCUCGGAAAUGGUAAAGGAAAAGGCAGAGAAGAGAAAACCAGAAUAUUUCAGUAGCGUGCAUGAAAUCCUGGAUAAGACUUGGGAUUUCCUCAUUCCAGCUGAUCGAAGUGGCCUUGACCCUCAAGUUGCUCACACUGCAGAGUACCAGGCUCUGAAGAAUGAUCUCAUCAGUUUGAAAAUGGGGACUGAAUCCUUAAUCGCCAGUUACUACCGGGAAAGGUACGAGGAGCAGCUGAAGAAACAAGAAGACCAGAAGGGACAUAAUACAUCACAACUCGUAGUUCGUGUUUAUUUCACUGAGAGCGGGAAACUCCAUUCAGAGGUCAUCAUGGCCAGAAACAUAAGUGAACGAAAGGAGAACGGAAAUAUUCCUAGUUCUCCAACUGGUAGCAAAAGUCCCUCGAAGGUCCCUGACACUUAUGUUCAGGCUAAAGUGGUUCCUUCUGAUUGGUUUCCAGACAUGAAAUGGAAGACGAAAACCCAGAAAAAGCAGCAGUCCCCAGUCUUUGAAGAAAGCUGUGAAGUUAACAUCAGUUCCAAGGGCAACAGCGCUAAAGUUGGUCUUCUGUUGUUCACUUUGAAAACGUCUCAACUGGUCAAGGAUGGAUUUGUUGGAGAAGCUAUCCUUCCUCUUGACACUGUGCCAUGUGUCGAAAGGUGCAGCGCAAGUAAAGUGUCAAACAAGUACCUUAGCCUCACUGUACCAAAUGAAGAGGAUGAUUACUUGGCAGUGAAGGCACUCAAGCUCAGGACAAAGGAUAAAAAAGCAUUAGCUUUCCUAAAGGAACUUAGGGACAUGAAUCGGAAAAAGGGAAAUGGCACUUAACAAGUAGCUCAGGUCGUGUCACCUUCAUCUCUUACUGGGCAACCAGAUCAACUCUGCCUCAACUGUAGAUAAUAGAAGACACUUUUCAAGGAGACUGGUCCUAGAAAGAGUCGGAGGGAGUUCAUAAUUCGGCUGUGAUAUAUCAGAUGAAAUAACUCUGAAUAGUAUGUGAUAUAUUCAUUAGUAAAGAGACGGAUGAUUGAGUCGCUAUCUUGUCGCUGGGACUGUACUUAUUUAAUAUUGUUAUAUAUCCAGUUUUUGAAGCUAUAUUUUUUUUGUUGCAGUAGCCAUACCAGUUCCAAACGAUUGAAUUGUUUCAUUUUCAUUAUUGUUGAAUACUAUAAAUAUCACUUAGUGAAAUCCAGUUCUUUAUAAUUGAUUUGUACAUAUUUCUCACACGCAAAUACACAAUCAUGUCUGUUUAUCAUGAUAUUCGGAUUGUAUUUGGUUCUGCCUGUGAUUCUGCAUUUAUAUUUUAUAGUUUUGUGUUGUUCAUUAUUUUAAGUUCUCCUCAUGAUACAGAAAGUGAUAGAUACUGUACUUUGUAAUAACAUCAUCCGAAUUUCCUGAUUAGUAAACGUCAUUCAGUUCCCUAAAUCCAAUUUCGUUUUGAAAACCUUCAAACGUUUCAAGGUUCUAAUAUGUCUGGCCGUUCCACGGGAGCAUUUUACUUAGCAAAUAAAGGAUAACGUAAAAUUUUAAAUACUAAUUUAAAUAAGCAAAGUAUGUAAAACUGAACUAAGUAUAAUCUACAUUGUAUAAAAAUUCUACACUUGUAUAGCAAUAUUAACCAUACUAUCUGCUAAAAUGUUUUACAUAAACUGUCGAGAAAAUACGGUAAAGCGAAUAGAAGCCAAUUGAGCUGGAGAAAUGCUUUGUUAUGGCAAGCCCAUGACCGUGAGCCAGACUAAAAUGAAAUGACUUAUAGAACGGGAAUCAAAGAGAAAACCAGAAUGAUAAGUAACUUUAAAUUCGUGUAUAUUAAAAAGAUAUAUAUUUCCAUGAAAAUGUAACAAGGAUUACUAAACGAAAACUGCAGAGUCUCUGUCGGUUUAUACACCAGUGUCGUUGCUCUUAUGGUUCUCCCCAAUAUUCAUGAAGGUUUGAGAUAGAAUAGAAUGCAGAAUUCAGGACAAAGGCCAAGGGCUGAUACCUAUGAGGUCAGAUGGCACUGAAAGGGGAAUUGUUGCAAUUGUUAGAGAGGGUGGAAAGUCUGAUGGAAUAAAGAGGAUACGAACGGAGGUACAGUAAAAAAAUGAAAGAGGUUACAGCUAGGUGCCAAAGGGACGCUACAAGACCCUUCAAUCUUUGUCUUUCUCCCUAUAUACUCGGUUAUCCUCCAUUUUAUAUUGCACCAUUCCCCAGUGAUAAGAAAUUAUUAUUAUACCCUGUAGACAGAAGUUAGUGGACAUGGGAAAAUCAGUGCAAAAAAAAAAAAAAUGUUUCAAAUUUAUGCACUAAUUCCACGCAGAAUGUCAGUGAAGCCACCAUGGAGAAAAAAAUUAUGAAUUGAUGGGUCAAAUUCUUGCUCUUUUGUUCUUAUUGACCAUAUUAUGGCUAACUUCAUGUUAGACUGCUGAUAUUAGCAACUGCCUAUAUUAUACAUGCAUUAAGCCCCAAAUGUCGUUUACUAACAUCCAAUUCGCUCUACCUCGGGAUUAAUGUAUUUUUAUACAUGUUAAUCGAAGGGGAAUUUAUUAGUUGAUAAUAUUUUCAUCCUUUCGUCGAUUCGAACCAAUGCACAGAGGAGAAAUCAGGACUUCAGUGAAUUUACCAACUCGGCCAACAAGUGAGGUAUAAGUUGAUACCGAUUUCGACCUUACAAUUAAAUCACUGUCAAGCUCAGGUAUUUGUAAUUAGAAUCGAUAUCCAAAUGCCAACAAGUUGAUACAGAUUUCGACCUUACAAAUCACUGUUGAACUCAGGUAUUUGUAAUUAGAAUCGAUAUCCACCCACCUUUGCCAUGUUAACAAAGUCGUACAUUUGGAUAUCGAUUCUAAUUACAAAUACCUGAGUUCGACAGUGAUUUCUGAAGUUGGAAUCGAUAUCAACUUACACCUUACUUGUUAGCCGAAUCAGUAACAACAAUUAAGUCCUGAUUUCUCCUGUGUGUGCUGAUUCGAAUCACGAGAGGACGAAAUUAUUAUUAACUAAAAAAUUUCCUUUCGGUUAACAUAUAUGAAAAUAUAUUAUUUCCGAGUUAGAAUUAAUUGGAUAUUAAAGGACAUUUGUAGCUUAUUGCAUAUAUAUGAAUUAUGGCGGUGUAAUAAUAUAUAUA